ACUGAAAAUAGUUGUUUUUUUUUGCAGGAUGCAGUUGUUUUACUCGUUUUUAGCGAUGGUUGGUUUUCUGUCCGUCGGUGGAUCGUGCAUGUGCGAAUGCUCUGAUUUGUACGUUUCAUCGAAGGAUGGAAGUUCUUCAGAGUAUUGCGAGUUGAACGUGCAGCCGGUUCUGCCGUGCGGUUUUCCGGAAGUGCCGAAGUGUCAAUGUCCGGAAGGCCACGGAGCUGCCGGUUCGGCGUUCGAGAGGCGCUGCAGGCGCGGCGACGACGAUGAACAACCUUGCACGAACGCCGAUGACCUGGUGGAGUACGCCGUCCGUUUCGUCGAGCGGUUCGGAGAGUCGCGCAGCAAUUGGACUGCAGACAGCUGCGAAUGCUCUUCGAAAGCUAUGAAACCGAUGCGCGGGCCCCAGGAGUCCGUGGUCUGCGUCCAUCCGUUCGUCACGUAUCAAACGAUCCCGUGCGGUUCUUCGAAUCCUCCGAUUUGCAAUUGCACCGGAGCUUUCGCCGAGAUGGAGGAUUCGUCUAUGGGUUGUCUGGACGUCGUCUCCGGGGAGGUCACCAGGUGCGGAAAUCAGGCGGCGCUCGAGCUGUACGAGCGGCAGGUCAAGAAAGCCGAGCGGCGAUGAUGGAGAAAUAGAGAGAGAGACAAUGCAAAUUAAGUGGAGAUAAUGUUUAAUAACUGUAAUCCGUGUUUGUUCUUUGAUCGCCAACAACGAGCGCGCACGAAGUAGAUACGUUUCUCCUUCUGCUGCUGUUGCUGCUGCUGCAACCAACAAACAAUAUGACCUCCUGCAGAAGAACGACGACCGCGAAUCAACCAAGUUCAUUGCACACACACACACCUAACAAAAAACAAACACUUUUCACAUACACACUACAUCUUUAAACUUUGCGCUAGAAAAGAAUCUACACAUCAAAAUGAAAUGCACGUUGCUUAUCACUGCGGUCUUUACGCUGCUCGUCGGUGCUUCUUUGGCGAAGAAGUGCAGAUGCUGGAACGGGUACAAGGUGGAGGCCAUCCCCGAGGUGGAGGGUGCUUUUCAUUGUCGCAACGUUCGAGUGAUGCACACGAUGGCCUGUAACGUGCCGCAACCUCCACCGUGCAUCUGCAACGGUCACAGCGGUGUCCUCAUGGAUCGCACCGGGACCUGGUGCACCGUCUACGAGAACGGCGUCGAAAUCCGCCGAUGGAAGUGCGAGAACACCUUCGAUUGGGACCGUUUCAUCGACAAAUACAACCGUUACUACAAGAAGAACUGAAUCUCUCUCUCAUCAUCAUCUCCACGGUUACGGUUAUUUAUACUUUCAAGUCGACUCACAGAUGGCGUCUCAAAAUUUGUAUCUCUACACAAUGUAUUUAUUCUAUUUAUGUUUGCUUAU